CGAUUGGUCAAACGUCAGCGUACAACAAGGAAGUGUAUUUGCCAUUCACAUGACUUGUGUUAACCGAAGUUGUGAUUCAAUCUCCCCGUUUAGCUGAUAGCAAGCCUGCAGGAGAAGAUAUCACUUUCCUGUCAUUUUGCAUGCAGGACUGCGCGAUGGCAAGCAACAAAUUCCAGAUCGUGGUGCAAGGAGAAGCUUCUGAAACAGAUUCCGAUGACGAGGUUUACAUUACGUCCCUGACUCCAGUACACCCGUCUACAUCUGGUCUGAAAGUUCCCGGGGAAGCAUCGGAGACGGAUAGCGAAGGGGAAGUGGAGAAAGCUUGCAAGGUGGCGUAUGCUGUCAGCUCUGAAAAUGUGCAGUCUUUGCGCUCAGACCUACCUCCUCUCAUUGUGAUGAGAUCCACACCUGAGUUCGUACCAGUUCCUGAGAAAGACUUGAUGAGGUCGGAAUUGACCGGUCAAGAGAGCACUCUGCUGCAGCAGAAGCUCCAAGAAAGUAACGGGCGCCUUUGCGCCGAUGUGUCACAGACUUUUCGACAGGUUUACCAGAAUGCCACGAAGGACGUGCGUUUGGCCACGGCAAGUCUUAAUAACUCCCAAAGUGGCAUAAUCAACGCCUCUCACAACAUCCGUCUCAUUCUAGAAGAUCUCAAAUCUGUCUCUGAAAAGAUUGAAAUUAUUACGAGUUGUAAUCUUCUUCCUGAUAUCACAAUACCAACAUCCGUACCAGGACAAUAGUGUAUUAUUUUCAAAAUCUAAAAAACUUAAUCUAGCGAGUCUAGACGAAGUCUUUUGAAUGAAAGUGCCUGACAAUUACAAAUAGUUGGCUACAAUGCGUAGGUGAUUUAAAUUGAUCUGAUUGUUUACAAUUUAUAAAUCUUGCAUAGGCCUAGACCAUGUUAGUUAUGCAUAUCGGCAGAUCCAACUGCCUAUGAUGGGUGAACUUUAUUUAUGCUAUCAAACGACAUUAUUAUUAUUAUUAUUAUACAAUGUUCAUGUCAGUGUUGAACUAGCACUUAACAUGCUGUGAGUACUUGAUGGCAAUCCAAACACACGUGUCUGUCUACAAAUGUCUGUCUACAAUUCAUCUACAUUAAUAAACCUGAAAAUGUA